AUGGUAAGUGGAGAUGAGGUUAGAGAAGCAGUCCUAGAUAUGAGUCCAACAAGUUCAGCAGGCCUAGAUGGAUUCAAUGAUACAUUUUACCACAAGUGUUGGUCUAUUAUUGCUACUGAUGUCAUAGAAUUUAUGAAGAGCUUCUUCAAUGGCAAUAAGCUUACAAGAUUCUACUCACAUACAUGCUUGGUCUUAAUAUCAAAAGUGGAUUCUCCAACUACAUUUGCUGAUUUUAGACCAAUAAGUCUGAGUAACUUCUCGGCUAAGAUCAUCUCUAAAAUAUUGGCUAGAAGACUAAAUCCAUUACUUCCUAAACUAAUCUCAGAGAAUCAAAGUGGAUUUGUGAAGGGUCGGCUAAUCACUGAUAAUGUAUUACUUGCUCAAGAAAUAAUCCAUGGAAUAUCAGAACCUAACACAAGGGGAAAUAUGGUGAUAAGGCUAGAUAUGGCAAAGGCGUAUAACAGAGUAUCUUGGGAGUUCUUGUUAUCUGUCUUUAGAAAUUUUGGCUUCUCCAGCUGGUGGACCGAGGCUAUUGGCAGAUUGAUUUAA